AUGUGGAUGAGAAUGAAAAGAACACAGUGGACAGCCAUCUAUUCCAGGAACAGGAUAACCAUGUCAAAGAGCAGAGUUUACACUGGAGAAAUAUUGUAUGGAAGACAUGUUUUCUCACCUCGGAUAAGAAAGGAGGGUUUCAGUCAUUCAAUUUUCUGCAGUCCAGGGAACCACAGCACUCAGGAAUCAUUAACAUUAAGGGAUGUGGUCAUUGAUUUCUCUGAAGAGAAAUGGAAAUGCCUUGAUCCUUCUCAGCAGACAUUAUAUGAAGAUGUUUUGAUAGAGAUCAUUAGAAACCUACUCUUUAUUGGUGAGCCUAAAUUUCAUUCAGAAUUUCUAAUUUAAAAAAUUUAAUUUUUAACUUUGUAGAAUAUCUUAUGGUAGCUUCUAUUCUGCAUGAAAAGUUUUAGUUUCUUGUUUUUAGGACAAAGAUCCAGCAUUUGUUUAUGUAGGAAAGAAAAUGUUAGGAUUUUUCUUUUUAUAUUUAACUUAUUUUUUUUUUCUAAGUAGUGCCUACAAUGUGGAGAAUGAAAAUUGUUUCAAAGUAUUUUAGUGUUUUUGUCUGAAAAAAAAAAGUUUGGGAAAAUGAUUGCGUAGAAUAUUAAAAUGACUUCUGUAGUUACCAAGAAAAUAAAAAAUGUGUCAUAUUCCAUUUUCCAUAAAAAAAUUUUUUCUGUCUCUAAGUAAUCGUUUGUUUCCUUUGUGUUCUCAAAGUUAUAGCCUUGGAAUUUAAAGAUAAACCUGACAAUAGACGUAUGAAAGUGGGUAGAA